AUGGUUUAUUCCAAACGGUGUCUUUUUGUAUUGUUCUACCCUUUACAAAUCGUAUGGACAGAACAAAGUUUUGAUAUCUAUUUUUAUUCUUUAUUCUAUAUAAUAAAUUCAGUAAUACUUAAAAGGGGAUUUAGAGGGGCACAAAAGAAUAGAUAUAAGGUAUAAGCAGAUAUUUUGUGAAAAACUUCACCAAGUGAACGAAAAAGGGUGCGAAACGACUACGAACCGUCUCGGUGUUGUCGGUCAACGAAGGAAAGGAUGGGGCAAGUGAACGGUGCACCGUUUAGGGACCUGUGGUAUGGACCCGACCUUCGUCCGGAUUGGAGAAAGGAACCCACCUUUGAUCCGCAAGUUGGCUUUCCUAACGGGAGGAAAAUUAGAGACCCCAAGGUGUCUGUGGAAGAGCUGGAUGCCUAUCGGAUCCCGAUGAAGAGACGAGAUUACUGUGCCUAUAUGUUCAUUAAGUAUCUACAGUGUCAGCGAACACACAGCUUCCCAUACUUACCUUGUGACGUUGUAUUUCAGGAUUUUGAGGCUUGUGAAAGUGAAGAUUUUGUUUUAAGAAUGAAAGAAUAUGAAAGGGAACGAAGACUGAUGGCACGAGAGCAAAGAGUAAAGAACAAGAUUGCUCGUGGAGAACUGUGACAGAGACAAUUGUGUAUAUAUAAUUGGAAUUUUGUUAAAUGUAUUUCAUUAAAGACGAGUUUAUUGGGUGUUGUGUUGGUUUUUGUCUAUGUUGCAUGUCGGAGUAAUUUGAUCUUUUAUAAAACUCUGUAACGAUAUAACUGAGGCUUUCCAUGCAAGCUAGUUACUCUGCUAAUAGAGAAAUGAAUGUAAUAAAAUUUUGGAAAAGUU